AUGGCUCCACGACCUCUCCGCCUGAACUCCAGACGGCCACCGCCUAAGUUCGUUUUCAUCACGCUCCUGAUACUUAUUCCUAUUUGUGUGAUUGGAAUUUUCUCUCAUGGCCAGAAGAUAUCCUAUCUUUUCAGACCACUAUGGGACAAACCGCCUCCCCCCUUCAAACGCUUUCCACACUAUUAUGCUGAAAAUGUAUCAAUGGGCCACCUUUGCCGCCUUCAUGGUUGGUCAUUGCGGUCCCAACCCCGCAACGUUUUUGAUGCCAUCAUCUUCAGCAAUGAAUUGGACAUACUAGAGAUCAGGUGGCGUGAGCUUUAUCCCUAUGUCACAAAAUUUGUAAUCCUCGAGUCCAAUACCACUUUCACAGGCAAUCUCAAACCUAUCUUCUUUCGUUCAAACAAGGCUCGAUUUGCUUUUGCUGAGAGGAAAAUUGUCCAUGAUGUGUUCCCUGGUCAACUUGCAGCUCGCGAAUCACAUGAUGAUCCAUUUGAACUUGAGGCUCAACAACGUAGGUUUAUGACUGGGUUACUUCGCCGUGCGGGGAUUUCCUAUGGUGACGUUCUUAUCAUGUCAGAUACCGAUGAGAUACCAAGCCCAAAUACCGUGAAACUAAUGCAAUGGUGUGAUGGGGUGCCACCUGUAAUGCAUCUCGAGCUCAGGAACUAUAUGUAUUCAUUUGAGUUCCCGGUGGACUACAGCAGCUGGCGAGCCACAACCCACAUCUAUGGCCCUCACACCUUUUACCGGCACUCGCGCCAAACUGAUCUUAUCUUCUCUGAUGCUGGAUGGCAUUGUAGCUUUUGCUUUCGGCGUAUUCAGGAGUUUGUGUUUAAGAUGACGGCUUAUAGCCAUGCAGAUCGUGUGAGGCGGAGAGACUUCUUAGAUCAUUCAAGAAUUCAGAAGCUCAUUUGCAGAGGUGAUGAUCUUUUUGAUAUGCUACCUGAAGAGUACACAUUCAAGGAGUUGAUUAAAAAGAUGGGAUCAAUACCCCGUUCAGCUUCUGCAGUUCAUCUACCUGCCUACUUGAUAGAGAAUGCAGAUAAGUUUGGGUUCCUUCUCCCAGGGGGAUGUUUAAGAAAACCAGAAUGA